CAUUUUGUUACUGUGUUAGUUUGUUGUCUAUAUUAUUGACAAAAUGAGGCGUAUUGGCGUGGAAUUUAUGGCGUUAUUGAUAUUUUGUUUGUUUAUUCCUAUGGGAAAUGCCGAAGUUGUUCAGAUGAAAAUUGUUGAUGACAUUAGCAGCUAUGGGUAUAGCAACUUUGGUCCAGAUUCUUCAAAUAGCAACCUUGUACCUAAAGUGAAACCUGCAAAUUUUUCGGGACCAACUCAUUUGAAGGUUCUUAAAGGCAAAUGUUUCACAUUGAGACUUUCUGAGUACAAAUACAAGUUUUGUCCAUUUGAUAAUGUGACCCAGCAUGAACAAACAUAUCGAUGGAAUCCUUACAGUGGAAUAUUGGGAGUAUGGAAGGAAUGGGAGAUAAAAAAUAACACAUUUCACAGUAUGAUUAUGCCAAAUGGUGACAGCUGUGGAUCAGAUAGUCGGCAAGUGCAGGUAGUGCUUUCUUGUGGAAGAGCGAAUAAUCUUACAGAAGUCAGCGAACCAAAGACUUGCAAUUAUUUGUUGAAGUUCGAAACCCCAUUAGUAUGUCACGAAGAUUCUCUAUUAGUGUAUCCAAGAAUCAACAGUACAUUACAACAAGAAUGGGAUCGAUUGGAACAACAGCUUUAUGAUGAGGAAAUAACUGCAAAGGGGUAUAAUAUCUAUUUGAGAAGGAUACUGUGGAAAGCUGGAUUGGUCUCUAGUCAUUCAACAAGCUCAGAUCAAAAUGUUUUCAAACCUUUUCAAUCUCUGGAUAAUUGUAAUUCGGAGUAUCAAAAACUGCUAGAAGAAAUAAAAAAAUUGAGAAGUGAAAAACAACAAAGAUAGUGCGAAAAAUACAGUGGGGAGGAAAUACAAAUAAGAAUAAGCUAUGCAUCAUCGUUACAUAGUGCAAUUGCUGUUAAAU